AUGAAACGAUAUAACAUAUCACUGUUGGGCAUGAGUGAAGUCAGGUGGACAGGAACUGGGAAGCAGAGACUGAACUCAGGAGAAGUCGUUAUAUGGUCAGGGCGAAAGGAUAACAUCCAUCAUGAAGGGGUAGCUCUUAUCAUUGACCAAAAGUUUGCCAACACUGUUCUAGAGUGGAAACCUAUCAGUGAACGCCUACUAUAUGUGAGACUCAACUCCAGAUACACAAAGGUCUCCAUUGUAGUUGCUUAUGCACCAAUUGACAACGCAGAGGAGGAAGCAAAGGACAAUUUCUACAGCUCACUACAGGCAGUACUAGAUGACAUCCCAAGGCAUAAUGUCACACUACUGAUGGGCGAUUUUAAUGCAAGAGUUGGACAGAACAACUAUAACAGGAGGAGAGUAAUGGGUCAGCAUGCCAUGGGCGACCUUACCAACAAUGGCGAAAGGCUCGUCAGUUUGUGCGAGGAGAAUGACUUUGUCAUAGGGGGCACCCUUUUUGCACACAAGACCAUCCACAAGUUGACUUGGACAUCACCAGAUGGAAAUACCAAAAGCCAGAUAGAUCACAUCAUGAUCAACAGUAAGUGGAAGCACUCUCUACAGGAUGUGCGAGUAAUGCGCCAUGCCGAUGUUGGUAGUGACCAUAAUCUUGUCAUAGCAAAGAUUACUCUCAAGCUGAGGAAAGCUAAGGUCGGGAUAAGUAGAAGCAAGCGAUUUGAUGUUACCAAACUCAGAAACCGAAACGUCAGAGAAAAAUUUAACGUCACGCUCAGAAACCGAUUCAGCAUCCUCCAAGAUGAAACAGCUCUCACUAUUGACCAAUUCAACAAGACCAUGAAUGAUGCUGCAGCAGAAGUCAUAGGCUACAGGAGAUGUGCCAAGGCUGAAUGGAUAUCUGAGGACACAUGGUCGUCCAUAGAACAGAGGAAACAACUGAAGAAAAACCUCCUAGAUGCCAAGUCACCAAGGUUGAAAGAGAGGGCAGCCACUUUAUACAGGGAAAAAGAUAGGGAAGUGAAGACAUCAGCGAGAAGAGAUAAGCGCCGAUACACAGAGCAACUUGCUGAAGAUGCACAGAUAGCUGCUGAACGCGGAGAUAUGAAGACCAUCUAUCAGAUCACUAAGAAGCUUAGAGGUGAUCACGGUCCCAAUCAAGAUCUCCCAGUGAAAGCAGAAGACGGCUCAUCAAUAACGGAGGAAGUGGCAAAACUCGAGAGAUGGAGAGAGCAUUUUGAAAAGAUAUAA